AGACUUGGACGGUGGAGGUUUGCUGGUUUCUCAAAGGAUUCUAAGCAACUUGCUGCUGAGGUUCAUUGCAAGUACAUCCAUGAAGGACUUUGUUGGAAGAUGAGACAAAAAAAAUAUAAGUCUUAUUUCAAUGAAUAUAUCAAGAGAAGAACUGAUGCAGAUGGCAUUGAGGGGAUGUGUAAGAAAGUUCAUGCUGCCAUCCGUGCAGAUCCCACUCAAAAGAAGUCUGAGAAACAGCCACCAAAGGAGCAUAAGAGG